CGAAUUUUGCCUGCUGGGUCCGUUUGCGGUGAACAAUCCAUUUCCAGCGAAAACGUUCAUUCGAUGCGUAGCUGGCUCUGAUUACGCGCCGCCGUAGUUCGUCGCUGUGUGUUUGUGUCCCGGUGCUCCGAAGCAAAACGCCUGAAAAUGCCGAAACGAAAUGCAUUUUUCUGGUUCAUGAUAGAGUAUAAGGGCCAGGAAGAGGCCAAGGGACGCAAGAUCCGUAGCCUUGCGGAAAUUACACCGGAGGCUGGCGAACUUUGGGUGAAAAUGGACGAGAACCAGCGCCAACCGUACGUUGUGAAAGCGAACGAGGGCAAAGGCGGUACCGCUCUGGGCAGGCUGAACAGCUUGGGCGUGAGCAUUGACUCGGUGGAACAUCAGCUGCGUGAGAAAAGGGCGAAGGACCAGAUGGUAAGGGACCUGACGGAUUUGCGCGUGAUGUUGGCAGCGAACAAGACUGAACUCGCCAAGGAGGUGUUUUACAUCAUCUCGAUGGAAUAUUUCUGCUGCACCUAUCAAGGUGUGUACAUACCGGCUGAGCUAGCCGUGGUGAAGUACAGCCUGGCGUCGGGCGUAAUGGAUCAGCUGCAUCUGCUUAUAAAAGCCAGCGAAAUUCCGCUCGGCUAUGCCGCCGCAGCGAUGGAACGCUCGGGCAAAACUCACCAACUGCCGACACCGCCGGACGCACUGGGGGUGGCGGAUUUCGGCGAAAUCGCCGACCGCCUGCUUGCCUUUCUCGACGCGGACGGACCGUUGCCGCUGCUGUUCACGGAUGAGGAGGCGAUGCCGGCGGUGGAAUGUAUGCUCGCAAGCAUCCUAGGUAAGCAUGGGAACGACCGGUUGAAACAGUUGCACAUCUGUCCGUUGGCGCAGUUGUUUUAUAAGCUCAUAAUAGCAACGGAACGGCGCAACGGGGAGCAGUUCCGAUCGAACGUACCGUCCGUCCGGAUAGCGCAGCAGAUACUGUCGUUGGACCGGUAUGCGUACACGCUAGGCAUCAGCUGCGACUACCACGAAGGGCUGCUGAAUACGUAUCACUGUGCCCUGUCGCGGUCCGUUCGCCGGACGUACACGAUCUCGAUGUAUUGUUGCACGAGCUUGGGCAUCCAGCUGAUACCGGGCAAGCAUAUGCCGCCGGUCCGGAACGAUGGCAGGAAGCCGGCACAAACGCCCAACGCAACGGUCAACCGUAUGUUGUACGAAGAUUUGCUAAAGCUGGGGCUUGCCAGCGGCGAGCCCGCGCCGGCGGACAGUUCCAGGUACACCGCGGACACGGCGGAAGAGUCAACACACCAUUCCGUGCAUAACACUAGCAUGCAGAGCUCCAGUGAGGUGGAAAAGCGGUUGGAGCAUUUCCGGAACAUAAGUCUCGCGGAGAUGCCGGCCAGCCUGUUUCCGCCCGGUGAAAGUCCGCUCGAUAGGAUGGGUGGGGCAAGCGUUUCCGGUUGGGGGCUGGGAAAGCAGGACACCGGUGAAGCGAUUUCUUCUUAUGCUGACGGUAACGGUAGGGAGGGACGAAGCAUGACCAUUAAGCCCAGUCGUAGCGUAUGUUCGGACGGGAACACUACGCUGGAUCGAGUCUCGCGUAAGUGGAAGCAACGGAUGAGUAAUUCGCUGGACAGGACGACAGGUACGAGCGUUGCCAGCGCCGAAACGCAAACGCUUACGGAAGAUGUGCUGGGAGACACUUCAUCGGCCGACGAUGAAAUGCGUGACGUGGAGAGAGCUGGCCGGCGUCCGUACGAGACGGGAAGCGUUUGUUCGGUCGGCAACACGACGGUCGACAGCUUGAUCGAUCGGGUUGAGGUGGAGCGACGGUUGGAGGAAUCGAUCAAGCUAAGCAAAACGAUUGCCCAGAAAUCCAGAAGCGUUCGUUCGCAACGCGACAGCACAUCCGUGCUGGAUGUGAUGAAUGCAAGCAUGGGCAGCUCGCGAACGAGCAAGGCAAUGCAGGGCAUGGAAUUGAGCGACUAUCGUGGCGCGGGCAGCAACUCCAGUAGUGACGCUUCCCACUGCAAACAUCAGCAGGUUAACAUCACCAGCGAGGCGGAGAAACGGUUGGAGCUGGCGAUGAGGGUGAGCAAAGGUAUGGCCGAGGGAUCGCGAAGCGUGCGUUCGCUGGUCAACCACACGCUGGAUACGACGGAUGUAAGCAUCGACAGCUCGGCAUCGAAAAUGCGGAGCCGUGCUGGAAGCAAAGGGCAUGGUGGUGCCCCGGACAACACCACCCCGGAGGUGGAGAAAUGGUUGGACCGGUCGAUGGAACAAGGCAAGCGCAACACACCAGCAGCAAGCGUUUCGUCGCUCUCGCACGCGAAGAGUCCGCUCAACAGUGCUGCGAGCGUCACCAGCUCUGCGCCGCACGACAGUAAUGAUGCGGAUUAUGUGCUGACACCGGUGGCAAAGCCGCGCCAUAAGGUUGGUCUGCUGACAGAGGACGGUAUCGAUUACGACUAUGAGCCUGCUUGCGGAAGCUACCGGCUAAAUGUGUUUACCAAAAACCGCGAUAAACCGUUCCCUACGCUGGCGGAAGCUAUGGCACGUGACAGUGGACAAAAUCAGCAACGGGGCACCGAUGCGCAACAGCGCGGACGUGGAGGUGGACGUGGCCGUGGCCGUGGACGUGGGCGUGCCCGUGGACGCGCUGGUAAUUGAGGUUAAAUAAUUUACUUUUCUUUACUCUUUUCUUUAAUACUUACCAUUUUCUCACUAAUUACGCUUUGCGCGAGGGAGCGCUCCGCGUCGAACGCGCUCGAUGUUGACAAGUUUGACCUACAAGACGCAGCAAUGAAUACACUGCUUAAAGAAAAUGGCGUCUCGCGCCAUACGCCGCCUCGACUCUGCCGGUCCUUAGAUCGCAGUAAUUUUGAAUUGAGCUACAGUAACGACAUUUUUUUCUUCUCGAUUACCCGCUUUUUUUCUUGCUCUUCUUUUUUUUUUUUUUGAUUUCUUCUAAUUGACAAAAUAACGUUGUGAUCUGAAAUUGAAGUUUAAUAAUAAAUGUAAGGCAUCAGCAUGGCUGAUUUGAGCACGCUUGAGCAAACAGGAGAGACUGCUAACAAUAUCCUUGUAUCUCGUGUCCUGGUCACAAGCUUAGCUAGGUGACCGAUGCAGCUAGCCGCCGAUCCGGGACGAUUCUGGGUUGACGGUGGCGGGCAUCACAGGAACAGUCGCACGAUCGUUGCUUUGGGUUUUCUUUAUAGAGGCUCUGGGUCUUUGAGACCUCGUUCGCCUCUGUAUCGUUGUGCGUGGUGUGUUAGGGCCUUUUGAAGGCAUAGAGAACGUGGUUCCUUGGGGGGGGGGGGGGGAGGCUCUCUGAACGACGAGACUAGCUGGUAUACGAUGUCACCUCCACCAAGCGCUCUUAACCACUAAUCGCAAGUCCACUGUGAAAAGACUGAAAGGGUAGAGGGGGAGGAUUCUGUGUGACGAUACCUGCAUAAAUGUAGUCGAUUUAGGUAAGUGACCUUAAUACCUUGAACCAUCGUGAAGCCUGAAAUAAUCCUCAGGCUGGUAGAGGUGACAAUGGCGCCGGUCGCCGGAGUGGUCCCAAUAUCGAAUCCGCGGAUAUGCAGGACAUAGCGUCAGGACUUCAGUUUAAAGGUAGCCAGUAAAUGGCCGACCAAAGUUUUCUCGUGAUUGAAGUGACCUGAAAGAUCUGAUUAUCUGACCGACUUGGAGUUUGGGAGUGGUCCUAGUAUAUCCGGAAUAAGGUUAGUUCCAGAUCAGUUCUUCCGGCGCAUUUCACAACCACGUAAAUGUGAUUGAAUCCGUCCUGGACUGAUGAGUUGAGAUUGGUCCUUAAAAACAAUAAACAAUUCCGCGUGGACAAUUGGUCCUGUGCGAGAGAA